GACUGCACCAAAUUCAUGAAUGCACCGCAUCACGCCAGGAUCCGCCCAAGAAACAGCAGCACCUAUAAAUGAAGUGCACUCUCCUCCACCACUGUUCACGUAGGCAGGCAGCGAUUAACAGCAGCUCUCGUACGGAAAGAUCCUUCGCUUGUUUGCACUGAAGGACCUCGGACUGAAACAUCUGAUUUUAUAUUGAAUAUAGGGUUUGACAGGUAUUUCGUAUAGGUCUGUUGUUCUCCUUGGAUUUCUACUGAUCCAGUUGCAUCUCAGGACACAGGCUAUAGAUGACAGCAUUCUGUGCAUCAUUGGAUUGUAUUAAGUGGUGAGGGAAAAGGAGAGCGUUUGACAUUUUAACAACGAACUUCUUUGCUUUGACCAGGCGCAACAUUUAAAUAAAGGCAGGCUGAAUAGACACUUUACCUGACAACCAUGUUGGUAAGUUUUUGUGCUUUGAUGACAUUGAUAUGGGGACUGCCCAGCUGCUCUGCUUCUUUCGUGCCCUGCGAGCCGUGCGAUCAGAAGACGAUGUCUAUGUGUCCUCCCGUACCGGCUGGUUGUCAGGUGGUGAAGGAGCCCGGAUGCGGCUGCUGCUUGACCUGCGCGCUGACCAAAGGGCACGCGUGUGGAGUCUACACGGGCACAUGCGGAGAGGGAUUGCGCUGCUUGCCUCGGAACGGGGAGGAAAAACCACUUCAGGCGCUGCUUAACGGCAAAGGGGUUUGCAUGAACGAGAAAUCAUAUAAACCACAUAUUAUUCUAAAAGAUGUUGAGUCAAAGGACGACCGGGUUUCAGCGUUAAGAGAGGAUUUGCUUUCCCAGGCCAAGGUUCCAGUUUUCCCAAGAGACAACAUUAACAGCAAAAAAGCUCAGGCCAUGCAAAAAGACAAGACAAGACAGCAGUCUAAACUGAGGACCAUGGGCCAUGUGAAAUAUUCCCCUUUUGCUAUGGACAAACACCAGUCUGCGAUUGGUCCAUGCCGAAGGAAGCUAGAUGAAAUUGUCCAAAGGAUGAAGGACACCUCCAGAGUCAUGGCUCUUUCACUCUACCUGCCCAAUUGUGACAAAAAAGGCUUUUUCAAGCGCAAACAGUGUAAACCAUCCAGGGGGCGUAGACGGGGCAUCUGCUGGUGUGUGGAUAAGAAUGGAGUUCAAAUGCCAGGGACUGACUACAGCGGAGGUUACAUCCAGUGCAAAGACCUCGAGAACAACAGAAGCAACGAGUGAGACAAUUUGUUCACGUAUGACAGGGCCAUAGACUCACCAUUGUCUGCCAUAUUAGGUCAAUUGAGUGUCAUCCCUUAUUUUUAAACAUAUGUCCUAAUGACAGAAUCCGUCUAGACACUACCAUUCACAAGAAUCACUGCAAAGGUUGUAUGUUUUUAAAAUAAAUCAUGAAAGUAAUGAUACAUUAAACUCAUCAAGAAUCGCAGUCAAGAUAAUACGUUACAAAUGACUAUUUAUAUAAGAUACUGUAUAAUGGUGGGACUUUAUUUGUAAAUAUAAUCUCAUAAAUUAUAAAAAUUUAAUCUAUCUGUAAAUAUAUCAGAAUGAAGUGUUCCAAAGCUAUGUGUAAUAAAGAACUGUAAUAUGUUCAACAAACUUGGAACUACUUCAUAAAUUAUUAGGAAGUAAUAAACUUCUGAACAUAAAUCAGCCAAUAAAAUUGAAGCAUUUAACAACACUGUGGUAUACAUGUAAAAUUGAACAAACUUCAUUCUUGCUGGUUAAUAUUUUGUUCAUCUAAGAAUCUUAAUGGAGCUGUGCAGAGCUUUCCAACUGUUUAUUGAAAUAUUAUAUUUUAUUCUAUAGCACUUCUGUGGUGUGGUUGGCUUGUGGGUCUUUUUUUUACUUAUCAAACUGUUUUCAUAUGUAACAAAAAGAAUGAAAUAACAAUCAGCGGCAUGUGCGGCACAGUUAUACAAUAAGUAGCUCAGUGUUAAGGCCAUUGCAAUACUUUAUUGAAGAUUAACUUUGACCAUUGACCAAUCAGCAUCAAGAACAGUAAAUAUAUGUUUUAUAAUAAUUAGAGAUCCAUUGGUACUAAAUUUCUCCACCGAUAGGAGAUUUAACAAAGUGAUUGCUGCAGAUGUCAAUAGCCUUUCCGAAGAUUAAGUUAAUGUUUCUUAACUUUCUGAAUGUUAUUAAUAAUGAUCGGAUCAUCAAAAUAGCUUUUUUUCUGCAGAUACUGAUUAUUGGCUGAUAGAUCGGAGAAUCUCUAAAAAUAAUGUAUUUGACUGCUUUUUGAUCAGUUACUAGUUACCUUGGUAAACGGAAACAUCAGUUUAAUUGAAAAAACCCGAAAACGUUUUGCAAAAUGAUUCCAAAGGUCUGAAAAGUAGUGUAUGUAUCCAUGCACCUUUAAACACCUCAGACAAUUAGCACCAGUAAUCAAAUCCUGUAGUUAUCUUAAAAAUCACCUGUCACAAUAAAAUAAAUUGUGUUUUACUAUA